UUAAAAUGAUGAAGCUUAGACUAUACAUAACUCUUUUUCUUUACACAAAAUGUGCAAUUUCCUUAGACCAUUUGGAAUUACAUUGCAAUUUCUCUAAACAUUUGUUUAAAUUUUUCAAGUACAGUGAGAAAUAUUUAUUUAACUUUGAAAAUAACAUUUCUGAACUUGAAUUAAGAAAUUAUGGAACAGCAGUAAAAUCUCAUGGCGACAUUGUUAUGAUUAUGUUAGAUUCAUUACGAGAAAUGGACGAGAAGUAUAUCGCAGCGGAUAUAAUGACAGUAAAUUUAUAUUUGAACAACGUAUCGGGAUCUAUAAAUAUGAUUGGUAAAGACGAACAUGGUAAAUUAAAUAAAUCUAAAAACUCACAAAAUUUACUGAAGGGCUACAAGAUUCUACAUCGUUCAAUAGUAGAAAGAUUGGAAUAUUUUAUAAAUGAUAAGUGUUUAAAAGUAUCAGUUCAAAAUGAUUUCACUUCCCUAACUAAUUUUAAUGAACCAAUAAAAUACAGCUCGGCAGUUUUGCUUAAUGAACUCGAGAAACUUAAUAGUAAAAUAAUUAGAAAUAUGAAAGAAUAUUUGACUCUAAGAGAUAUAUUUGUAAUGGAUAAUAAUAUAAUAUUAAACAAUUAUUGUGACAUAGUAAAAAAUUUAGCAUUAACUUUUGAAAAAAAAUCAUACAAAAAUUUCAAUCCUAAAAAUAUUUUGUUUUAUGAUCUAAUGGAAAAUCAAGUAAAUAAUGUUUUAGACAUUGUUCGAUAUGUUCCGUUAAAACUAAAGAAUAAUAAUAAUCAACAAAUAAAAUUGUCCGAUAUGUUUCAUUUCAUCAAGUUUGACUUUAACUUUCAAAAUGUACAAGUAUUUUUAAAUUUGUUAUACAUAGCAACAGCUCGUCCAAUUAUGUUGAUUGUACGUUUAUAUAUUUUUUUGGUUCAUAAUUUUGUUUUAAUUUUUAAAUCUCAAGUUAGCGAAUCAAAAACCAUUAUGAAAGAUAAAAUCAUUGAACUGGGUCAACAAAUUAUUAAAAGUAUGAAAUCUUUUAUGGAUUUAAACUUAUAUCAAGAUUAUUUUAAAAAUAGCUUGAGCCGUAUGUUUAUUAAGACGUAUAAAGUUAUUUCAUUAUUCAAAGAACGUAAUGAUUUGUUUAUAAAUAGUGACACGCAACAAAUAUCAAAAACUUACUAUUCAUACAUGAGAAAAUUAUUUUUUAAUAAUUUUUUUAACAAUAUUUAUGUCACAGAAUUCAAUAUUAGUAGUUUACAUAAUAUAGCUACUGAGGAAUUAAGUAAUGUUUCAUUUUACAUUUCAGAAUUAAAAAGAUAUCGAUAUUAUUUUGAAAUAGCAAAUGUAUUUGUUUUUAAUUCAUAUGUAAAUUGGCGAGUUACUAUUAAUACUAUAAAACAAAAUAUUCCUUAUGAACUAUUAGGAAAUCAUGAAGACAUAUAUCGUUCAGUUUUUUUUCAUAGUAUUAAUACAAGAGAUAUAAAAAAACAUAGUCAUAGCACAAGUGAUGAAAAUGAUGAGAUGAACAAUGAUGAUGAUAUGGAUUUUGAUGUAACAGCUCAGACAUAUUAUACUCCUAAAUAUCUAGUUGAUUAUUUACUUUAUGAGUAAUUUUUAUAAUUUAUUUUCUUUAAAGGUGAUUUAAGGAUUAAAUCAAUAGUACAUAGUACACAAAAUCAAUAUAAUGUAAUAUGUUUAUUUAAACAAUUGAACAAUAAUAAAUAACAAUUGUAGUUAUCAGUCAAAAAUUUAAU